AUGAAGCUCCUUAUUGUCGGCUCGACCGACAUACUUGGGCAGGAACUUGUCAAACAAGCUCUUGACAACAUCGAAGUCACAUCUAUCAUAGCUAUAUCGGGUCGUAAUACAGUGCCACCGCAAGUACCUAGUGGCGUUUCGAAAUUGGUGACGUGCGCGUUUCCCGAAACAACUCAGGACUGGCAAAGACUAGAUGUCGAUGCUUCUGCAAUGGUUGCUUGUAUUUGGAACAUUAAGCCAGGUCGGAGCGGAUCAAAUAAUAAACCUGAUUACUACGACCAAGUGUACCAUCUCGAUGAAAUUAGAUACGGCAUGGAAUGGAUAGCGAGGCGACGGGGACCAAAUUUCACGAUCCCUGCGUCCGCUGAAGUGACCCCCCUUAGGUUCAUUUACGUGAGCAGUUCGCGAGCCAAAGUACUCCAGAAGGUGAAUAAAACUCCGACUUCACGUUCGAUACAGGGAGUCGGAGAGCAAAGAGUUUUGAGUUCCGCGAGAGAUCUUAGUGGACAUGUGCAGGCAUGUGUCGCAAAGCCGGGACACAUCAUACGACACGGGGACGGUAAAGGUUUGAAAGAAAUGGUGCAUACUGCUGGAUCAUGGGUUCGAGACGGUCUUAUAGGCCGGCUGCCAAGAAUUCAGGUAGAGAAAGCCGCGGCUGCGCUUCUGGAUAAAGCUAUCACGGGUAAUCACCCAGAAACUCUCUAUAAUAGGGAUUUGAUCAGAAUUGGGGAAAUGUCGCUCAGAGACCCAGAGGACUUUGUGACAGAUGAACAGGCUGAACAGACGAGUGGACAAGCAGGAGAGGCGGGCGAACAAGAAGAAGAGGCGGGUAAACAGGCAGCACAGACGGUUCAAGACGUUUAA